UUAUAAUUUCUAUUUAAAUUAUAAAGUUUUGUUACAGUUUUUUUGUUAAAAAUGCAUGCAGAAGGUGCGCUAAUUCACAAUAGCCAUGCACAAUAGUCAUUUACAAUAAAUUGACUGAAUCAGUCGCUCAUAUAUCACUAGAUUCUGCAAUGGGUGCCCUUGUAUAUUUUGGUGUAGUAUUUUUGCAAUCUGCAAUCUUGCAAGAGCAAGAGAAUACCCCUAAUAAUUUUCUGAGGAAGCGUUGCCAACUUUCGGAAAAAAAAUUAAAGAGUAAAACAUAAUUUUAAGCAAGAAGUUAAAUUAAAUCUUUCGCGAAGUAUUCAAAAACUUAAAUUUUGAAUAAUUUUUACAAUAAGGUUGCCAUAUUUCUGUUCUAGAAUCUGCAUGUAUUUCGUAGGCUUCUUGGUUUCACAAUUCUGUUUGAGUUCUGCUGUCUUGUCUCAAAAAAUCACUUUCGUUUCUCGAAGUUUUGGCUGGAAAUUUAAUUUUAUACCAGUUUCUUCUGUAUUAUACCAGUCAGUUGCAUUUAUACCAGUGUUAUUUAAUUAUGGCACCCCCUCGAGGUCUGUUGAAAGGAAAGAGAUUAAAUACUGUAUACUAAUUGUUUCACUUUAUUAUACCAGUUUAUUAAAUUUGUAACAGUUGCUUCUUCAAUUUUCCAUUCACCAUUUUGGAGUAAAUAAACUAACAGACACAAAGACAACUUUUAUUUUAUUAUACCAGUUUGUUGUAUUUAUACCGGUAUUAUUAAAUUACUCAAUUCUUCUGGUUUGGGAGAAAGAGUAAAAUUUUAAUUUUAUACCAGUCAUUUAUAUUAAUUUAUACCAGUUCAUUCCCCUGAUACCAUUCGCUUGUUCGAUUUCCCACUCUUUGGGGUUGAUAUGAAGUGAAAGUAACUCCUAAAUAUUUAUUAUACGAGUUUAUUGCACUUAUACCAAUUGCUGUUUUUUUGAUAUUUUCGAACACACUAAACUGGGAAAAUUACAAAAUUUGUAAACCCAAAACCGAAGAGCACCCUUUGGCUUUUCAGUUGUAAUAAAAAUAAGUUACAUUAAUACAUUUUUCCAAUUACUCUCAUUACUGCAACUACUGAAAAUGGCCGAAAAGAAUGAUUACGAUCCAUACGAGCACCGCGAAGUACCACAUCCGAUUAGCGAUUUCGGCGCUUUCGUGAAUAUCAUCAAAGCGGUACUGGGCACCGGAAUACUAGCAGCCCCCAUGGCCAACAGAAAUGCCGGUUAUUUGCCCGGCAUCAUAUGCACCAACAUAAUCGGCAUCUUCAUAAUACACUCGAAACUCAUACUGUUAUCGGGCAUGUACGAGCUGGCCAAGCGCAAGCAAGUGCCGCUGCUAACCUACGGCCAAGCGAUGCUGAUCGGUGUGACGGAGGGUCCACCGGCGCUGCGUUGGCUGCAAUAUUUAAUAAGCGGUAUUGUAAAUGUAAUGCUAUUCGCCAAUCACUUCGGCACUUGUUGUGUCUAUGUAGUGUUCAUCGCGAAUUGUUUGAAGGAUUUCGGUGAUUACUAUUGGGAAGAGCAUGACAAUCGCAUUUAUAUGGCAAUGGAAAUUGUGCCGUUAUGUCUGAUAUUCCUCAUACCCAACUUGAAAGCGCUGACCCCAUUUGUGCUUAUCGCGACUAUAUCUUUAAUUUUUGGCUUCGGCAUUCUAUUCUACUAUAUCUUCACGGAUAUGCGCCCGUUCUCCGAGAUGGCUGUGGUGCAGGACAUUUACUACUUUCCUUUUUUCUUUGGCGCCACCAUGUUCGCUAUGGAUUCGCCCGGCUUGAUUGUUUCCGUGGAGGCGAAUAUGAAAAAUCCCUUACAUUUUCGACGCAUCUGUGGCGUUUUUGUGCUAGCCAUGCUGUUCGUUAUUGUUUUCCAAAUCAUUUUCGGCUUCUUCGGCUACUGGAGUUAUGCCGAAGAUAUUGCCUCGACUAUUCUGCAAAAUAUACCCUAUCAUACUGCACCCGCCUCAGCGGCGCGCGUAAUUUUUGCAUUUUCUAUAUUCAUCUCGCAUCCGUUGCAGGGUUACGUGCCCUUCGAUGUGAUGUGGAACAAUUGGUUGAAAGCGAAGGUGGCUGAGGAGCAUCAAUUUGUGCUGGCGAUGCUUUUUCGCAUUUUUAUCGCCCUUUCUUCGGUGCUCAUCGCCGUCUCGUGCCCCUCAUUGACUGUCAUACUCUCGCUAGUUGGCGCUUUGUGCAUGUCGUUUCUGGGCUUAAUUUUGCCGGCUAUUCUGGAUAUUUGUGUGAAAUACGAAACCGGCUAUGGUCCCAUAAAAAUUUAUCUGCUGACGAGUUUGCUGGUGGCGUUUUUGGGCUUGGUCGGCGCUGUUAUUGGUACAUAUGUGUCCAUACAGGAGUGGAUCUUUACGUAUACCCGCGAAGAUCACAUGAUGAAGGCUUUAUAUUAUGGUGUUUUUAAUGAAAAAUAUACUGAGUUGAUUUAAAAUGUGAAAGUCGUUGCUUUGUGUUUUGACAUUUUAUGUGUGGGGCUGGUUUUUAGCAGUUGGA